AGAUAUUAAAGGUUUUGUGGUAGUGCAGGCGGGCACAUUAGUUGGAUUGGGGUAACGGGGCCAGUGCUGUGUUUCCGAGUGUAAAGCGGUGUCCGGCCACGUUUGUGGACAUUUCACCAUGAGGAAGCUGUGGGCUGUCGGCCUGUGCUGCCUUAUACUGGCGUUUGCGUCGGUGAGAGCGGAAGAUGAAGUUGAUGUGGACGCGACAGUUGAGGAUGAUCUUGGAAAGAGCAGGGAAGGAUCUCGGACGGACGAUGAAGUCAUAAGCAGGGAGGAGGAGGCAAUUCAGAUUGAUGGACUCAACACUGCUCAGAUUAAGGAACUACGUGACAAAUCGGAGAAGUUUGCCUUCCAGGCUGAGGUUAACAGAAUGAUGAAGCUGAUUAUCAACUCGCUUUAUAAAAACAAAGAAAUAUUCCUUAGGGAACUGAUUUCAAAUGCUUCUGAUGCUCUUGACAAGAUCAGGUUAACUUCUUUGACGGAUGAAACUGCCCUUGCUGCAAACGAGGAACUAACAAUAAAAAUCAAGUGUGACAAGGAAAAGAACAUGCUUCAUAUAACAGACACUGGCAUUGGCAUGACCAAGGAUGAACUAGUGAAGAACUUGGGAACCAUUGCCAAAUCUGGGACGAGUGAAUUUCUGAACAAGCUUACAGAUGCCCAGGAAGAUGGCCAGUCUACCUCUGAGCUAAUCGGCCAGUUUGGCGUUGGUUUCUAUUCUGCCUUCCUUGUUGCCGACAGGGUGAUCGUGACCUCAAAGCACAACAAUGACACUCAGCAUAUUUGGGAAUCAGAUUCUAAUGAAUUCUUUGUGACAGAUGAUCCCCGUGGUGACACUCUUGGCCGUGGAACAACCAUAACCCUGGUACUUAAAGAAGAAGCAACAGAUUAUCUUGAGCUGGACACUAUCAAAAACCUUGUAAGGAAAUACUCGCAGUUCAUAAACUUUCCCAUCUACGUUUGGAGCAGCAAGACUGAAACCGUAGAGGAGCCUCUUGAUGAAGAUGAAGCUAAAGAGAAAGACGAGGAGACUGAUGAAGAAGCUGCUGUAGAGGAGGAAGAUGAAGAAAAGAAGCCCAAAACUAAAAAGGUAGAGAAGACUGUCUGGGAUUGGGAGCUCAUGAAUGACAUCAAGCCCAUCUGGCAGAGACCAUCCAAAGAAGUUGAAGAAGACGAAUAUAAAGCUUUCUACAAAUCUUUCUCGAAGGAAAGUGACGACCCCUUGGCCUACAUCCAUUUUACUGCUGAAGGGGAGGUCACCUUCAAGUCAAUCUUAUUUAUCCCAACCUCUGCUCCAAGAGGUCUGUUUGAUGAAUAUGGUUCCAAGAAGAGUGACUUUAUCAAGCUCUUUGUACGCAGAGUAUUUAUUACUGAUGACUUCCAUGACAUGAUGCCUAAAUACUUGAACUUUGUUAAGGGAGUGGUUGACUCAGAUGAUCUACCCCUUAAUGUUUCCAGAGAAACACUACAGCAGCACAAAUUAUUAAAGGUUAUCAGAAAAAAACUUGUCCGCAAGACCCUGGAUAUGAUUAAGAAAAUUGCAGAAGACCAAUACAAUGACAAAUUCUGGAAGGAGUUUGGCACUAAUGUAAAACUUGGUGUGAUUGAAGACCACUCAAACCGCACUCGCUUGGCCAAGCUGCUUCGAUUCCAGUCUUCUAAUCACAAGACUGAAUUGACGAGCUUGGAGCAGUAUGUGGAAAGAAUGAAGGAAAAACAGGACAAGAUCUAUUUCAUGGCUGGAUCUAGCAGAAAGGAAGUUGAUUCGUCUCCAUUUGUUGAGCGGCUACUAAAGAAGGGCUAUGAAGUACUGUUCUUAAUUGAGCCUGUGGAUGAGUACUGCGUUCAGGCUUUGCCAGAAUUUGAUGGCAAGAGGUUCCAGAAUGUUGCCAAGGAAGGACUCAAGUUUGAUGAAAGUGAGAAGGCAAAGGAGGCACGUGAGGCCAUGGAGAAGGAUUAUGAACCACUGCUAACUUGGAUGAAAGAGAAGGCACUGAAAGAACAGAUUGAAAAAGCAAUAUUAUCUCAGCGUUUAACUCAGUCACCUUGUGCACUUGUGGCCAGUCAGUAUGGAUGGUCUGGCAAUAUGGAGAGAAUCAUGAAGGCUCAGGCAUACCAGACAGGGAAGGAUAUUUCCACAAAUUACUAUUCAAGCCAAAAGAAGACCCUUGAAAUUAACCCAAGACAUCCAUUGAUCAAGGAUAUGUUAAGACGAGUAAAGGAAAACGAAGAUGAUCAGACCGUGGCAGACCUCGCAGUUGUGCUGUUAGAGACUGCGACAUUACGGUCAGGCUAUCAGCUGCCAGAUACAAAAGGCUACAGCGAGAGAAUAGAAAGAAUGCUUCGCUUAAGCUUGGACAUUGACCUUAACGCAAAGGUGGAGGAAGAGCCGGAAGAGGAAGAAGUUGCUGCAGAAGAAGCUGAGCAGGACGAUUCUGAAGAUGUUGAGGAAGUUGAUGCAGAAGAUGAGGAAAAACCCACAACAGAAGAGCAAGUCGACACACAGGAAUCCACAGAUGUAAAAGAUGAAUUGUAAUCGGCACUUCAACCUGGUUAAUCGGCAGGGGGGAGGGAUUGAGGUUUAUUUUUGUGUUGGGGUGGGUUUUUUAGUUAUUUUUUUUUUUUUAAUAAAACAUUCCUCACAAAUGUAAAUUUGUACUAUUUAUGAGUAUAUUGAUGUAAAACCUGUUCCACUGAGUAUGAAUGUUCCAAAAUGCCAUACCACCUUCACCGUCCGGCUGCACGGCCCCCUGCAGGAUGUAUCGCAGCACUGCAAGCUAACCAACAUUACUGCAACAAGUACAACUGUACAAAGCUGUGUCUAGAAGGAAGAUCCCCUGCAGACGUCACUAAUCCACCAUCAUGUUAGCUGUCAAACUAGCACUUCAACAAUCUAUCUUCUGAAAUGUGAAGUUGAAAAGUUAUUUUGUAAAUAACUAAUAUUUGUGGAAAACAUGCACUGUUAUGGAACCGAUUACAUUGUGGCAUUUUGUAACAUUUCCCUGUUACUGUUGUCAACUUCCACAACAAUCCUUUCAACAAUAAAGUUGUGGUGACUUUGUAUCAAA